CACGUUACCUACAGGCAGCAAAUUUAAAUUUUUGUUGAAGUAUUUUUGUGUUGCAGCUUGAAUGUGGGACAGAACGGGAACAUACAAGAAAAAGAACUUCAGAGGAGAUCAAACAACGAUGGCCUUUGAAGCCAAGAGCGUUUCGAAAGCAGAUGUGCUUUUCCUGCAAGACGAGAAGUUUGAUUUCGACGUUUCUCUUUCCCCUGCCAGCUCUAAAGAUGAUGAAGACGAGGUUUUUGAGGGUCCAGUGGAGGGUGAAGAGUCUCGUGUUUCUGUGAGCAAAGCCUCUGAGCUUCUGGAAGGAGAUCACGUGUUUUCAAACUGGAGCCCACUCACAGGUGAGCGGCUGGAUGCUGUGUGUCAGGAAGCCCACUCCCUGGUUAAUCAACUGCAGGAUGGAAAAGCGUGCGGCGUGGAGGACGCCAACAUCGCUGGAGAACAGUUUCUUCAGGACUCUGAGGCAAAAAAGAAAGUGCUUUGUAGUUCGAGCGGCGCUCUCAGCCCCAUCAAGCGGCAGACUUUCUGCGUGCAGGACACGCCCACAAAGCAGCUGCCGCCUGCCAUCCAGCUCCAAUUGCCCAGAGGAAGCCGGCGCAGCUCGGCCGCUCCCCUCUCUGCCGCACGCAGCACCUCCAGCCCUGUGGGUGGAGCCAAGCUUCAGCCGCGGUCUAACCUGCGGGCAAAAGCGCCGGUGGGGGUCGCCGUGGUUUUACCGAGCAAGGCAGUCGCUCCACCGGCUUCCAGGUUAACCAGCAGAGCGGACAGAACAAGGCUGCAGCCACCAAUCAAAGCCGUGUCAAAGCGCAGCCCGUCUUCACGCCUCGCCAACAGAGCCGAGUCAUGUGAAGAUUUACUCUCUGAUGCAGCAAGUGUGGCGUCUGACAUCAGUGACUCCUCCAUCAACUCCACCCUGUCACUGACGCGCACUCUGGCACCGCCCUCAAAGAGGGUCGUGGGGAAGAACCACUCUGGAGGUAAAGCUCCAACCAUUCCAGGCCGGAAGGUGACAGACAGGAAGAACACCUCCUCAUCUUCAUCGUCUGUGUCCAGCUUCAACUCCAGCCUGUCCUUGUCCCCCGCCAAAGGUAAACUGAACUCCUCUGUGAACCAGAGUUUCAGCAGCUCGGCUCGAAAUGCCCCCAGUGGAGUAAACCGAUCAACCAACGACCGUAGACCUCGCCGUUCCACCGUUUACGCCGCCACCGAGCAGCAGUCCACGAAGACUCUGCACCAAGCCAGGAAGAUCUCUGAAUGCCCCAAGAAGUCCACGCCGCUGAAGAGAGCUGAGAGUGUGACCUUUCAACCAACACCCUCCAAGAGGCUUUUAGAGAAGACUGCGUCCAUGCCCUCCUCGGUAUCCAGCCUGCUGCCAGGAAGAUUGAAGUCCAAGCCGGAAGCCCUGGUGUUUCCCACGCCAGGAGUCCGGCACACGGAUGCGUCAUCAGACAUUUCAAAGGGGCUCAAGCCAAAAAGGCUGGUGUCAUUUGGCAGCAUGAACAGUGUUCCGAUAAAGCCAUCCGCUGCUCAUCUGAUGCCAUCUGAAAGCGUCCCCAAGUCGGUGCAGGGAAAGGCCCGCCGCCCAUCUGGCCUUCCUACCCCAGUGAGGAGCAGGUCUUUUGCCUUCUCCAACAGCCUAACCCCCAGAGUGAAGCCAUCGGUGGUCACAGACUCCUGCACAGCUCCCACUCCCAGUUCAGCCCUCAAACACCUCAGCUCCAGCCGCCUUCCUAGAGAUGCUCCGCUGGAGGAGCAUGUUGACCCCCCUGACAUCCCACCUUUCCGUCUGGAGGAAGAGGAGGCCCCUGUCACCACAUCAUGCGAGAGCUCUGAGCCUCACCCCCCAGAGAACAAGGAGGAUGUGGAGCCAACAACCCCCACGCUGCCCAAGAACCUGAUCGAGAUGGAGACUGCAGAGGAAAACACCGGCAAGACCCAGGAGGUCCUCCUCCUUGACCUUCCAGCUCCAGCGCCGAAUCCUACAGAGAAGCUGCUUAUUGACCUCACUAACACCCCAGACCUGAUCCGCAAAAGCACCAAGAGCUGCACUGAAACUCAGCUGAUUGAUUUGAGUUCUCCACUCAUCAAGUGGAGUCCAGACAGCAAGCAUGAGAACAACGCGCCUCUAAUCAAUCUGUCCUUCUGAACUCCUGGAGCCGUCCGUCUUCUGAAACAGAACUUUAAAUGACAUUAGUCUUGACUAACCCGAAGCAUCUAGUUAAAAAUGAUCUAAAAAUUCCCAGAAUGCUUUGGUUCUCUGAACCCAGAUGGAACAGUGUUCAUGUUGCUGCUUUUAUUGUAUGAAUAAAUGGUUGUUUAGUCAAUCUCCUAUUGGUGCUCAUGUGUUGCUGAUCCAACAUAUUGACUCCAUAUGUUUGAUGAUAUCAAUGUGAAAUCAUUUGAGUUUUAUAAUUCAUGUGAGAAAUUUUAUUUAUGACCUAAUAAAUUCAAAAUUUUCUCUUU